AUGACGUCGUCGUCAGAAGAAGAUGGUAACACUACUCGCACGCAUCGCGCGGAGAAGUUAGAAAAGUUGAAAGUGUCCGAACUGAGAGAACGGUUAGCCAAAAGAAAGUUAAAAGUGAGCGGGAAAAAGCAAGAGUUGAUUGCACGAUUAUUGAGAGAAGAAGAAGAAUUAGAUUUAUCAGAAGAAGGAAAAGAAGCCGUUGAUUCAGUUCCUUCUCCUCCUAAACAACAGCAUCAGCAGCAGCAACAACAACAGCAACAACCGUCGGAAAAAGCAACAACGAAUAGUGCGAAUAAUAAUGGUGUUGUCAUUAAAAGGAACGUCAUGAACGGGAAAGCGUCUCCGGCCUCGUUCGCGACGGAGGACUUACGGUUAGAACUGGACAUCGCGAAAGAUCGCGAGGACGGGAAAGGGUUCACUGGAUUAGAAAUCACGUGGUUAGGAACUUCCUCGGGUGCGCCGACGUUUUCGAGAAACGUGAGCGCGACCGCGGUGAGAACGAAAGACGAGGUGUGGUUGUUCGAUUGCGGCGAGGCGACGCAGCACCAGAUGAUGCGAUGCGGGGUAAAGUUGAGUAAAAUUUCUAGAAUAUUCAUCACGCACAUGCACGGAGAUCACAUUUUCGGUUUACCCGGUUUAUUGUGCGCGAUUUCCGCGUGUCGGUCGGAAACGUACAAGCAAAAAGACGAAAAGAAGAAGAGAAACGGGAACAACGGACGAGGCCCUCGAGACGCGUUCAAGGACCAGGAACCGCUCGUGAUUACCGGUCCACCAGGUUUAAAAGCGUUCGUACACGCCGCGAUGACGUACUCGAGAACGCAACUCGGGACGGAUAUUAUCGUCACGGAAUUGACCACGCCGUCGAGAGAAAAGUUUGAGAAGUGCAACGGCAAGGUCCCGGCGCACGUCGCGGUGAACGAAGAUUGCGCGUGGAAGAAACGAGGUAAUUUAGUCUUUGGGGAUUGUUGGCCGCAAGAAGGCAUGAACCACGUCGGUUUUCCGAGGUAUAAAGCGAGAGAGUGGGAAGAAGAAAAUCGACACGCGUGGCCAUCCUGGGUUGUUUUAGCGGACGAGAACGUGUGCAUUCGCGCGGCGCCGUUGCGACACCCGGUCCCGUGUUUCGGGUACGUCAUCGAAGAGAAAGAUCGCGACGGGCACAUGAAAGUCGAGUGGUUGACUGAACAAGGUUUACCCCCGAGCCCUUUGUAUAAAAAUUUCAAAGCUGGAAAAUCGGUCGAGUCUCCUAAAGAACCUGGAAGGAUCAUCACUCCGGAAGAGGCGAUGGAAUUGCCGAGACCGGGAAGAAAAAUCGUCAUGCUCGGCGACACGUGCGGCUCAGAAGGCAUCGCGAAAUGGGCGUACGGCGCGGAUGUUCUCGUCCACGAGUCCACGUUCAACGCGGAGAGAGCGAAAGAAGCUUUAUUCAAAGGCCACUCGACGUCGGCUAUGGCGGGAUCGUUUGCCAAAAGGGUCAACGCUCGAACUUUGGUUUUGACGCACUUUUCCGCGCGCUACUCCGGGAAUUCCGCCUCUAGUUCUUCUUCAGCUCCGAGCAACAGCAAAUACGAAUAUGACGACGACGACGACCAUGAAGAAGAUGAAGAAGACCAAGAAGAUAACGAGGCUCCACCGGACCACGAACCGUCCGAAGACGAGCUCUUCCAGGAACGAAUGCACGUCGGCGUCUUGGUCGAGGAAGCCGCGAAAGCGAAAGGCGACGCGCGCGUCCUCGCCGCCUCGGAUUUAUUCACCUUAGCUAUCCCAUCUAGAGAGGAAACGGACGAGCUCGACAGGAAGAGAGAACAAAAGCUCGGUCCUCGAAGCGCGUGGUUCGACGAUAAAAACAACAAAUACGUCUUGCCAAAGAUGACGUUUCCCGGAAGGAAGGAAGAAAACAACAACACCUCGUCGGGGCCUCAUUCUUCGCCGAAUAAUUACACGACGACGACGACGAGAAACAAUAACAAUACUCAAAAUAAUACUAGUCAUAGAGAUAGAGAACACGGCGAAUCGGGUGUGCCGCGUAGUUUUAGGAGAUGA